UCAUUCGGUCAAAAAUAGAGAAGAAUGACGAUCAUUCUAUAAUAAAAAUAUAUAAAGUAUUUUCUAGCUGCAUGUUAAGAUGAGCGGCUGUCUAGAUAAUAUCUCCUGUCCAGGAUGGACUGAUGCAGUAGCUGAAAGAAGGAAUAUGAUCGCUUCUGUUGUCAGUGGAGGGUUGUUUUUCAUAGGAUGGUGGAUCAUGAUUGAUGCUGCUGCUUAUCCUAAAACGACAUUUGACCCUGCUUACCAUUCCCCUGGUGUUUUCUCUACAGUAGCUGUAUUUAUGAUAAAUGCAGUGUCUAAUGCUCAAGUGCGUGGUGAGUCUUUUUCUACUGGAGGAUGUCUGGGUCAAACAGGUGCAAGGGUGUGGCUGAUAAUGGGUUUUCUCAUGGCUUUUGGGGGUUUAAUUGGUGCAUGCUGGAUUCUGUUUGGUGCUUAUGUUGUCCCAGCUGGUGUAGCUGAUCCAUGGCCUGGUGUUGCAAUAUUCCUACAAAAUGCUCUUAUUUUUUUCAGUGCCUUUGUUUUCAAGUUUGGUCGCACAGAGGAAUCUUGGUAGAAUCAUCAGACCUUAAAAUGAAUUAAAAAGAUUAAUGUAAUCACAGAAAAUGCACAACAAUCUUAGAUAAGAUAUAGUAUUUAACGCAUUGCCAUGGACGUGGUCACUUGAAGAUACAAAACCUAUCGUUUAGAGGCAAUAAUACUUUUGCUUGUAGGAUAAAAUUUGGAUUUCAAGUGACCUUAUAUUGAUUUGUUUUAUUCUAUAAUAGUUAAAAAUGAAACAUCUAUCCUUUGACAAUCUUGACUUAAGAAUGAUUCGUCAACAACCUAUUGUUUCAAUCUAUUAUUGUUAUAUCGAAACAUCUCUCCUCUGAUGAUUGGCUAGUGAUCGACCAAUGAACACCCGAGUGUCAAUCCACACGUGCAUGGUCAUAAAGUAGGCAAUCUCCAAUAUUUACUCUUUCAGGAGACAAAAGUAUAUUCCCUCAAUUAUUUUUCGCUGUACAAAAAAGUUGAUGUUGUGGUUUUAAUAUUCUGUGAACUGGGUGAAGGUUUAUGUUUCAAAGAACACAAAGCCUUGUCACUGGCCAUCCAGACUAGAUUCCUAAAUAACUAAAUAUGACGAAAAAUCACAUUUUGUCUGCAAAAACUCUCAAUUUGUUUGGGAAUCAGAUUAAAUACUGGUUAAUGUAGGAAACAGCCUUCUUUUUUUUAAUUAAAAGGAAAGUAAUGACGGUA